AGCAGACGAAUUGUGGGAAUUAAUUUACACAAACAACUCAGCGUCACCAGUGGAUUAUUUCUUACUAGUAUUGUUAUCUGUGGUUAAAAUACCAACGAUUACAUGCGAGAGCACUCGCUUAUGAAGCCAUAUACGGGGUCACCUGGGAGGCUGGGACUUUCAAGCUAGGGAGCACUGUAUUAGUUCAAAGUACACAAGGUUUACGUCAGAUUUGCAGAUUAAAAAUCUAUUUCGAAAAUAGUGCAUAACAAAUCGAAGAAUUGGAAUGUUGUUGUUCGCGGUGCGGAAUUCCAGCAAUUGGCUUAUCAUCGUAUCCUCAUAAUGUUGUUUCUUGAGUUAAAUGCGCCCGAACAAGUACUUGAUUCCAUCAAUUUCCAAGUUUUGACGGCUUUCUGUCAUACACUGCACAUCCUGAGACCAGCGAAGGCCCCAGGCUUUGCGUAUGCCUGAUGGCUAGAAAUUGUUUCGCAUAGGGUUUUCAUCGGGCGAUUGCUGUCGAUUACUCCCCAACAGAAAGGAUGGGGGAUGUAUGCUCAACUGUUGAUCGACUUAUUCAAGUUUUUGGCCCCAUUUCUAUGGAACGCCGAACUGAGCAAGCCCGUCUCAAUGUUGUACAAAGGAACACUGCGCGUCCUGCUGGUUUUGUUGCAUGACUUUCCCGAAUUCCUUUGCGACUAUCAUUAUGGAUUCUGUGAUGUGAUUCCUCCCAAUUGCAUUCAAAUGAGAAAUUUGAUUUUGUCGGCGUUCCCACGCAAUAUGCGUCUGCCUGAUCCAUUCACGCCCAAUCUCAAAGUGGACAUGUUACCGGAAAUCAGUCACGCUCCACGUGUACUGACUCAUUUCGCAGCAAUGAUCCAACCGCCUACGCUCAAAAAGGAUUUGGACUGGUACCUGAAAACGCGCGGACCAGUUACGUUUCUUUCGGAGUUACGAAGUGUAGUUCAGGUUCACGUUUCUUCGAUUACUCUUCACGUUUCACCUGAACCUGGAAUGCACUAUAAUUUGCCCUUGCUGAAUGCAUUGGUCUUGUACGUUGGCACCCAGGCCAUACAAUCGAUACAGACCAAAGGAUUAUCUCCGUCAAUGACGACUAUUGGCCACUCUUCUUACAUGGAUAUCUUCCAGAGUUUAGCCGUCAACCUUGACACGGAAGGGCGUUACUUGUUCAUCAACGCCAUUGCUAAUCAAUUGCGCUAUCCUAAUAGCCACACGCACUACUUCAGCUGCGUUCUGCUUUGCCUUUUCGCAGAAGCAAAUUCUGAUGCGAUUCAAGAACAAAUUACUAGGGUCCUGCUGGAGAGGCUCAUUGUCAAUCGACCGCACCCAUGGGGAUUACUCAUUACAUUCAUUGAAUUGAUAAAUAACCCUGUUUUCAAAUUUUGGAAUCACGAAUUCGUCCACUGCGCCCCGGAAAUCGAAAAACUAUUUGAAUCGGUGGCUCGAUCAUGCAUGGUGGUCCAAAAACAAACUCCUCGGGAUGCAGAAAACCAUUCUUGACUGAUUAAUUGAGUUCACCGACUACUUAUGUACAGUUUGUGCGUGUGCUCAUCUUCUCAACCAAGUUUGUUUGGAUUUUUCCUACACCCUUUGGCGGUGCGUGGUGAAUUGUGUCAGAAUAUGUCCAUUUAGUUUUUUUGAACGAAUGUAUUAUUCUUUUCUCUUUAUUUGAACCCCCAGUUUUCGCUCAUUUUCUCCUUCUUUCUUAGGUAUCGAGUUCAUCUUUCUCGCUUUCUCCCCUCGGGUCUGCAUUCACUGUGGGUUUUCCAUGUAGUAAUGUUCACUUUUAAUAAUACACACGAAGCAAAUGGACGUAUUCAAGACUUGAAAA